UAGAGUUAGCUGGAGGUGGGUUAACCAUGCCGUACCAUCUGAGGGAAAACACCCGCCACGUGGUGAAACCACACGCCAUGAGAAAACUUUGGGGAGGCAGAGGGACAUCAUGACCGGCAUGGCUGAAGGCUAGGUGUGCAGGGAACGUCCUCAGGAGCACCUCUGGGACUGAGGAGCCAGAGGUGCCCAGUAGACUUGGCUGGAGGGUGGAGCCCACAUUGAGCUGCUCCUUGGGGCAGCUGAUAGAAGUCUGGUCACAACAGGGGCACACAGUCACCUCUCUGUGCUGCUGGCAGGAAGCCACGAGCAACCAAAGCUGACUGAGAUGAGAAGCAUCUCUCUGGGGAUGGGAUUGACUUCUCUUAGCUGGCUCCAGAGCUUCUGGUUACUGCUAGAAGGUUCCUCAAUCGCAUGCACCCUGGGAUCUGAAGAGCCAUGGUAAGAAGCUGUUGAAACCCUGAAAGGAUGGGGCUCCUGAGCAGCAAGAGGCAGGUUGGCAAUGAGAAGGGAAAAGGAUGGAGCCCCGUGAAGGCCCAGGCCCAGAGCAAGGCCCCCCCACCCCUGCCACCCCUGGUUGUCUUCAACCACCUUGCUCCUCCGUCUCCUAAGCAGCACCCAGGUCAAGAGGAACGUUUUGUGGUGGCCCUGUUUGACUAUGCGGCGGUGAAUGACAGGGACCUGCAGGUGUUAAAGGGAGAGAAGCUCCAGGUUGUGAAGAGCGCUGGAGACUGGUGGUUGGCCAGAUCACUCAUCACUGGAAGAGAAGGCUAUGUGCCCAGCAACUUUGUGGCCCCAGUGGAGACCCUGGAAGUAGAAAAAUGGUUCUUCAGGACCAUCAGCCGAAAGGAUGCUGAGAGGCAGCUGCUGGCUCCGAUGAACAAGGCUGGUGCCUUUCUCAUCAGAGAGAGUGAGAGCAAUAAAGGUGCCUUUUCCCUGUCAGUGAAGGAUGUCACCACCCAGGGGGAAAUGGUCAAGCACUAUAAGAUCCGCUCACUAGAUGACGGCGGCUGUUACAUCUCCCCUCGGAUCACCUUCCCCACCCUCCAGGCCCUGGUGCAGCACUAUUCCAAGAAAGGGGAUGGUUUGUGCCAGAAGUUGACCCUACCCUGUGUGAGCCCAGCCCCAAAGAAUCCCUGGGCACAAGAUGAAUGGGAAAUUCCCAGACAGUCUCUCAAGCUGGUCCGGAAGCUUGGGUCUGGGCAGUUUGGAGAAGUCUGGAUGGGUUAUUACAAAAACAAUGUGAAGGUGGCCGUCAAGACCCUGAAGGAGGGAACUAUGUCUCCAGAAGCUUUCCUGGGCGAGGCCAAUGUGAUGAAAACCCUGCAGCACGAGAGGCUGGUCCGUCUCUAUGCUGUGGUCACCAGAGAGCCCAUCUACAUUGUCACUGAGUACAUGGCCAGAGGAUGCUUGCUGGAUUUUCUGAAGACGGAGGAAGGUAACAGAUUGUCCCUUCCCAGACUGAUUGACAUGUCAGCCCAGAUUGCAGAAGGCAUGGCUUACAUAGAGCGUAUGAAUUCCAUCCACCGUGACCUGCGGGCAGCCAACAUCCUGGUGUCUGAGACCUUGUGCUGCAAAAUCGCCGACUUUGGCUUGGCCAGGAUCAUCGACAGUGAAUACACUGCUCAAGAGGGGGCCAAGUUCCCCAUCAAGUGGACUGCCCCAGAGGCCAUCCACUUCGGUGUGUUCACCAUCAAGGCUGAUGUAUGGUCCUUCGGAGUCCUGCUGAUGGAGAUCAUCACAUAUGGGCGCGUUCCCUACCCAGGAAUGAGCAACCCUGAGGUCAUCCGCAGCCUAGAGCAUGGCUAUCGUAUGCCGUGCCCAGAGACAUGUCCACCGGAGUUGUACCAUGACAUCAUCACUGAGUGCUGGCGAGGCCGGCCAGAGGAGAGACCCACCUUCGAGUUUCUGCAGUCGGUGCUGGAGGACUUCUACACAGCCACAGAGGGCCAGUAUGAGCUGCAGCCCUAGUCACACAUGGCUCUGCGGGGAGUCCCUGUCUGAGCCUCCUGCUAGAUGCUUACUUUGAGUCAAUACGGUCAUACCUGGCUCUUCUUCUAGACCAGACAGGCAGCAAAGUCAGAGUAGGACAGCAUGUCUACUUUUCAGAUGAAGGAACCAGGAGACAAAGGUGGCUUCACAGUAGGGCAUGGACUGUCGGGGCAGAGCCUUGGUCUGCACUGCACUGGCUGUGUGUCUUUGGGAAAGUGACCUAGCUACUCUGUGUCUACUAUUCCUUGAAUGUAAAACAAGCAAGGAUUGUAUUAUAACUUACCUCCAAUUGUGUUCGGGACGGGGAGGGUGCUGAGAGCUGAGUCUGAACUGUUAGUGACGGACAGUGUAAGGCUGUCGUAACACAGAGGUGUCUGGUGGCAGGCAGCCAGAGCUCCUACAUCUCUGACCUUCAGAGCCUCACCAGCAAGUGCCUCCCCGUCUGCUCCAGACCCAGGGACCAAUCCUCCAGGUAGCCCAGGCCUGGCUGUGCCCCACACUUUGAGACUUUUCUAUAAUAAAGCCACGAGAGUCUUA